CUUAAAUCGCAAACCGUGUUUAACAGGAUGAUUGGAUAGUUUCGAUACAUACAAUUGUUGGAUAACUCUGUUAAUAAUGCUCAAAUUCCACCAAGGAGAGCGUUCAGAUUUAUCCAGUUGGCCAGCAAAGUUUAGCGGACGGGCGGUAGUGAGCAACCCAUCUUCUACUUUACUGCAUUCCAUCGAAACCAAGCCGUAAACAGAGCUAGCUCGUCGUAUAACCGUGGAUCUACGUGUUGAUUUACACCCACAUAUCAAAUUCGUCCCAAAAAGCCAUACUUUACUGACCACUUGUACAUACAAGCAACGAAUCCAGUGAGCUGAAAUAUCGCGGCAGUGAUACUCGGACGAGGUAUAAUUGCUUUAGAUUCGUGUCAGCUAGAAGUUGCAACGAAGUUGUUAUGUCUGCCAUCGAUCUUCUACGUGAGUUGCUCAAGGCAUCGGAGAAAGCCGCCAAUAUUGCACGUGUGUGCCGUCGCAAUGAGCGUCUGUUCAGCCUGCUGGUACAGGAAAAGGAUAAGGAUGAAUCGAAUUCGCGAUUCGAGCAGGAUUUCAAAACGCUGGCGGACUGCCUCAUCCAGGAAAUGAUAAAGCAUGAUAUCGGAGCGCGGUUUCCGGAAUUACGUGAUAACAUUCGAGGCGAGGAGAAUGCCAAAUUCACUAAUACUUCGGGGGAUUCGGUAACAGUAACCGUCACUGACGAUAAAUCGGAAACGGUGCAUUGCCUUGAGAAGAUUCUAAACGGUGACAACGAUGCCGUGAUGGCGCUUGUUGAUGAAGUGUAUCGCGAGGUAGAGCUGGAUAUGGAGGGUCUGGAAUUGCCCACCGACUCGAUUCCACUCGAUAACGAUUGGUCCGAGCUCGGCAUUUGGAUCGAUCCGAUUGAUGCGACCGCCGAAUACAUUAAGGGCGUAGAAAAGCUCACCAAGUUUCCGAACAUUGCCUCCUCCGGGCUCAAGUGCUGCACGGUGCUGAUUGGCGUGUACGAAAUUUGCCGCGGUACGCCCAUCCUCGGUGUCAUCAAUCAACCGUUUGCCGAGAAGCUGCUGGAUGGGGAGACCGAUGAGGAAACGGUCAGCCAACAGCCGCAAGGCGGACACGGUAGCUGCCAGUACCGGGGCAAAAUCUACUGGGGUUUGUCGGUGGGUGACCUGAAGUUCAACAACAUCGCACCACACGAGCCCGAGGCACGCAUCGCCAUACUGUCGCCGUCCGAGCAAUCGAAGUAUGUCGACUUCAUUCGCAACCAGCUAAAGUACGAUGUCAUCUACUCGUCCGGCGCGGGCUACAAGAUACUGAAGAUUGCCACCGGUGAAGCGGAACUGUUUCUGCUCAGCAAAGGCACGACCUACAAAUGGGACACCUGUGCGCCCCAGGCCAUCCUUCGAUCAAUGAACGGCGAUUUGUUCAAUCUGCAGGAAACGCUUAUCAACAAAUCGGUAAAGAAUAUCGCAUACCAAGAUCGCAAAACGAUACGCAAUGUCGGCGGAGUCAUUGCCUACCAGAAUAUCGAUAAGCUGCGUGAAUUUCUCAAACUGUAAACCCGCCUGUAAGCGAAUCCGGAUCGAGGUGUACUACGGCUAAUUAUGCUUUUCAGUAUCAAUUAAUGCAUCAUAAUGUCUAGCAGUUUGCAUGGAAGCAGAAAUAUUUAGAUACGGAUGGCUGUUAAUUGUUGAUAUGUAGAAGUAUUAAUGUUUAGAAAACUUACAUAGUAGUGUGUUUUGCAUUACACUAGGGGACAUACGUGGACGUAGUUAUAUAUGGAUACGGAUCAAAACUCAAGGGAAAUUUAGUGAGACUCUCUGUUCAAUGAAAGGCUGUCUUUGUAGGGAAAAAGGUCGCUUUUGGUUUUUAUCAUUACAACGUAUUUAUGGUGUUUAUGAAUUUUGUGUGCGGUGGAAAACAAAGUAUUCAUAUUGACAGACCUUAAUAAUUGCAUAGCAAUUUCAAUUACGAAUCAGAAUCUAUCUGCUACAUUUGCAAUAUGGCAGAUAGUAGAGGAAAGUAUAUAUGAUAGAUAAGCGUUUGGUUUAACUGAAUAUCCAAUCUGUGAACAAAUGAGAAUAACCUUUAUUUUAAGACAAAACUGAGCAAACUUAUUUGAUCGUCUUGUCCUAUUAGUCGUCGAAACUAAAACGAACAGAUAAUAUAUACAUAUAUAUACAUAUAUAUUUAAACGAAAGCUUACAUGUAACAGGGUUAAAAAUGUCAUCUCAAUGCUAUAAUAAUCUGCACGGCCAUAGAACGACACAGCGCAAAAAACAAAAAUAACGCCACGUUGUAGAACGCAUGUUAGUGAACUCUAGAGUGAUAUAUCUGAGAUGUUAGUACUUUCUCCAAAUCGACCGUAGGCGUAUGUAAUUGGUGUAAAAUAAUCUUAAAAUAACGAAGCCAAACAGUGGCGUACGAGAGUUACUUUUGCAAUGAAUGUGAAUCAUUA